CCGGGAGAUACUUUUCAGGCGAUUGCUAUCUAUCAAGCUUCGUGAAUUUGUCCCUAAAUUGCUUCUCAGAUAUCUUCAACAUAUACCUGGACAUCUCUAAGCAGCAUGGACAGCGAGUGCCUGGUGUUGUUGCCUCGGGUGUGCGCUGUACUAGCGGACCCCAGACAGUCCCUACCAGACGACACCAGCCUCGAGAAACUGCUGGACUGGUUCACUGGUCUCACCAAGGAGGACCAUGGCCUGGCCCUGUUGGAGUCCUGCCCCUGUCUGGUGGACUACAUAUCCACCGCGUGUCUGGACAAAACUACAGAUCCCAGCAUGCUUUCCUUCAGCCUCAAGCUUUCCGGCCUGCUGGCGGCCAGCCAACACGGCUUCAACCUGCUGCAGGUGAACUGACUGACUGAUAGA